AGCUCUAAACGAAUAGCUCGGCCAUUUCGAAAUUCGAAUUUGCGCGAAGUGCUUCCUCGUCGUUUAAUUUGUGAAAUAAAUUUUAAGUGAUUUUUUUAUUUAAAAACUCGAUGAAAUACAAGCAAAGCCAAUUGUAAGAAAAACCUGAGCUAUCUGGAAACUAGCCAAAGCCUACAAAAGCUAUCUGGAAACUUGCGUUCAAGCUACAAAGAGCUCGAGCUUAUUUUAAUUUCUUGACUAAAUCGCUUAUUAAGAAUCCACCAAUAUGUCAGACUGGGGAGAUGAGCCUUCUGUGCCAGCCACCACUACCAAGGAAGUUUCCGGUUGGAGCGAUGAUGAGGACACUGGUAAGAGCUCCGCUGGAGGCGAUGGCGGCAAGAGAGGCGGCUAUAACAAGGGAGGAGAUCGCGAUGGAGACGCCGAUGGAGGUGGUUACCGCGGGGGCCGCCGUGAAGGAGGCGGCGGAGGGUUCCGAGGUCGUCGCGACGACAAUGAAGAUGGCGAAGAACGUCGGGGAGGCCGCUUCAAUCGGGAGCGCGGAGAACGCGGCGAGAAGGGAGAAGGCGGUUUUGAGAGACGCCGUCGCAAUGACGAUGAUGUGAACAACAACAAUGAGGUCGGCGAAAAUGGCGAGAAGCCGCGUGAAUUUUAUAUUCCGCCGGAGCCGUCUAACGAUGAAACGGAGAUCUUCAGUAGUGGCAUCACUUCGGGCAUUAACUUCUCCAAGUACGACAACAUUCCCGUCAAGGUGAGCGGCGAGGAUGUGCCGAAGCCCAUCAAGAACUUUGACGACGCUAAAUUGCGUGGCAUUGUCGUAGAGAACGUGACCAAAUCGGGUUACAAGGUGCCGACCCCAAUCCAGAAGGUGUCAAUCCCAGUGAUUGCCGCUGGUCGUGAUUUGAUGGCUUGUGCCCAGACUGGCUCUGGUAAAACUGCUGCUUUUCUGUUGCCGAUCCUCACCAAAUUGCUGGAUGAUCCCCAGGAUGUCGAGAUUGGAAAGCCGCAGGCAGUGAUUGUAUCCCCAACUAGGGAGCUGGCUAUUCAGAUCUUCAGUGAAGCGAGGAAGUUUGGCUACGAUUCGUAUCUGAAGAUCAGCAUUGUUUACGGCGGCACCUCGUUCAAGCAUCAGAACGAGUGCAUUACAAAGGGCUGCCAUGUCCUAAUCGCUACUCCGGGACGACUGAUGGACUUUGUGGAGCGUACCUUCAUAACCUUCAGUGACACUCGCUUCGUUGUGUUGGACGAGGCCGAUCGCAUGCUGGACAUGGGCUUCUCGGAAACCAUGCGCAAAUUUAUGACCCACCCGACUAUGCGUCCGGAGCACCAAACUUUGAUGUUCUCGGCCACUUUCCCGGAGGAAAUUCAGCGCUUGGCGGGAGAGUUCUUGAAGAACUAUGUCUUCGUAACCAUAGGCGUGGUUGGAGGGGCCUGUUCCGAUGUGUCGCAGACCAUUUUCGAGGUUAACAAGUUCGCCAAGCGAGCCAAGCUGAUGGAAAUCCUUCGCGAGCAAGCGGAUGGUACCAUCGUUUUUGUAGAGACCAAGCGUGGCGCUGACUUCUUGGCUUCGUUUCUUUCGGAAACAGAAUUUCCGACCACUUCGAUCCAUGGCGAUCGUCUCCAGAGUCAACGCGAGCAGGCCUUGCGUGACUUCAAGAAUGGAUCCAUGAAGGUUAUCAUUGCCACAUCGGUGGCUUCUCGUGGUCUUGAUAUCAAGAACAUCAAGCAUGUGAUCAACUUUGAUAUGCCAAACAAUAUCGAUGAUUAUGUGCAUCGCAUUGGUCGCACUGGCCGUGUCGGAAAUAAUGGUCGUGCCACCUCGUUCUUUGAUCCUGACCAGGAUCGCGGACUCGCUGUAGACUUGAUUAAAAUCCUGGAGGGAGCUAAUCAGACUGUUCCGGAGUUCCUUCGCGAAAUUGGCGGGGGUGGCGGCGGUGGUGGAGGCUACUCCAGCAAGAACUUUGGUGGCGUGGAUGUCCGUGGUGGCGGAAAUACCAUCUCCGACAUAACCAACGCCGAGAAUAACGAGGAUUGGGACUAAGGGACUUAAACUUGGGUCGUAGAUGUUAACUGUUUGAACCUAUCGAAUUAAGAUUGACUGAGUCCACCCCUCGUUAACGUUCGAAUUCCAUAGGCGUAUAUAACAACUAUAUAGUAGCCUUAACUUUAUAAAAAUGCAUCUUAAGAGAA